CGAGCGUAUUUGGGGUGAGGCUCGCCGUCUCAAGCUCAAGCGUCCACCGCAGCUCCACCUACGCGUAGCCGUGUCUACCUUGCGAAUCCGUCCAUAAGCCCAGCCAAACCACCACACAUAGAAAAAAGCAUCACGACGAACGAUUCCAAGGACCCUCAUCUCAUACACCGAUAUAAAAACACCCCAGACACUGUGAAGCCAACACAUCAAAGUCAUGAGCUCCCCAUUCUCCAUCAAUGGCGGAGCCUGCGUCGCCAUGGUCGGCAAAGACUGCGUCGCGAUCGCGUGCGACCUGCGCCUGGGUCUCCAAUCCCUAACCGUCUCCAACAACUUCCCCAAAGUCUUCAACUAUGGCGACGUCUACCUCGGGCUCACCGGUCUCGCCACCGACGUCGCCACGGUGUCUGAUCUGUUCCGGUACAAGGUGAACAUGUACCGUCUGCGCGAGGAGCGCAACAUCGCGCCCUCGACGUUCGCGAACCUCGUCAGCUCGUCGCUGUACGAGAAGCGCUUUGGGCCCUUCUUCGUGAGCCCCGUGGUGGCGGGGUUGGAUCCCAAGACGGGGAUACCGUUUAUCUGCGGAUUUGAUAGUAUUGGGUGUAUUGAUUUUGCGAAGGAUUUUAUUGUGGCGGGCACGGCGAGCGAUCAGCUGUUUGGAACUUGUGAGGGGCUGUGGGAGCCGGAUUUGGAGCCAGAGGACCUGUUCGAGACGAUUUCGCAGGCGUUGUUGAAUGCGGUGGAUAGAGAUGCGUUGUCUGGAUGGGGAGCACACGUAUACAUCAUCGAGAAGGACAAGGUGACGAAGAGGUUACUGAAGGGUAGACAAGAUUAGACGGGUUGGAUGCGGAUGGGGGACAGGAGAAGAAGAAGUACGGAGCAUGGAUAUUCUGGAAGUGCUCAUUUUGAGUGUACAAUUAGAUAGAUAACAGCGUUUCUGGUCAAUACAUGGCAGAUCGGCGUCAGGUGGAAACGAAGGAGACUUUACAUCAAUUGCUUUUCUUGGGG